AUGAAUGUCACCUCACUUCGGGACGGGCGCCUGGGCCCAGAGAAAGCUGAGGUUGAACUCGGGGGCUGCGGCCAGGCUGAAGGCCUAGGUCUGCAGAGCUGUCGUGGGGACGCCCUGUGGGCGGGAGAGGCUGUGGCCGCAGCCACGCCGAGGGAGGAGGCCAGGCCGCUCUGCCCCUCCACCCGUGAACCAGCCCCAUCUGCCCUCAGAAACUGGCCGGAGCUGCCCAGCUGGGUGCAGGACGCCAUCUUGGGUCAAGGUGCAGCCACAGGGGGCUCCCCUUCGCGAGCCCUUGGGGUCUCCCGGGACACUGGGACGUGGGGGCCGAAGACCCCGAGCCGCAGCCUCGGCGAGGCCUCGUCCUUCACCGUGCAGAUGCGAAGCUUUCAAGGACACGUCUGCACCGGCCCAGCGGGGGUGCGUGUGCCCCGGCCCGCCGUCGCCGCCCGCAGCCCUGGCCCCGUGAGCGCCCGGCGCCGAGUUGCGGGGGUCCGGGAGCGUGCCCCGAGCCGGACACUGCCCGCCACCGUGCCCCCCGCCCGGCUACCCUCCUCCCCGCCCGCCUCCGGGCCGGCCUCCCGGGCCGCCAGCAGCGGCGCUCAUUACCGUGUGGCCGGUGGGGUCGGGCCGGCCCGGCUGCGCGCCCUAGUGCCGCGGCGCCGCCGCCCUCGGCCCGACUUCCUGGCCCCUAAGUCCCCGCUGGGGGUCCCCGCACGCUGCAGGUCGGAGAGCCGGACCCCGCAGUGCCCCGACCCUGCGCAGGGCCCGGGCACCCCACCUCGGCCAUUUCUCCCGGCCACUCCGCUGGGGGCCUGCGGCAGCCCUCACCACCCCCCCGGCCCGACCCUGCGCGGGGCGCCCCGCUACCUGGCGCUGCUUCUGCGCUGGGUCCCCGCAUCCAGCACUGGCCGCAGGGACAGCGGCCCCUCCUCUCCCGCGGCCGGUGUCAAGUGCCUCCCCCCCGGCAGCCCGCGGAGCCCCCGGCGGCUUUCGCCCUGCAGUUCUCCCGACCUCCACCAGAGCCCACUGCACUCUGCCUGCCUCAGCACUGGGGCUGGGGACAGCAGCGCCGGCCCAUCCGCGUCGCAACCCCCACGCCACCCGCCACCCCCGCCAGCCAGUGUGCGGGAGCGGGAUGGCAUCGGGAGAGGCGAAGAGGCUGCACUAGCGAGGCCCCCGCCCUGGACGGCGCUCCCUCUGGCGGUCACCGGUCAGCGCGUCCCGCCUGGUCGCCCCGGCUCCUCGACACCCGCUCGCCUGCUCUCCUGCAGUGGCCGGAGGAGGUGGAGAACGAGGAGGAGAAAAGACGAGGUAGAGAAAGAAGAGGAGGACUCGUCGGGGCUGCAGGGGCAGAGCUCGCUCGUUCUCUGCUCCCGCUUACCGCCCGAAGCUGCAGCGCAGCGGCGUCGAAUCGGGCGGAAGUGUUAG